CAGAUUCCUGAGCUUUGCUGAGUUCUCUCGCCCAGAUAUCCAUCCCCUCUCGCCUUCACCAAGCGACCGAAACCCUUCCUCCUUAGGUACUUCCUCCUCCCCACGCGCACAAUUUUGGCAUCGGGGCUUUUGGACAACACUACCAUCUUCUUCUCCGUCCGCGGCACCACACACAGCCAUGGCGACCAACGGAAACCUUAAUCACCACGACCAGUACGCGGCUUCGGCCCAAACAGUAGAGGCCCAGGCCAAUGCCGAGAACUCGGUCGACCAGCUUGACCCCAAUGUGAUCGGCUGGUACUUCGUGGAGCAGUUCUACCAGACCGUGAGCACUGCGCCUAGCAGGCUGCAUCUCUACUACGGGAAGAACGCACAGUUCGUUUGCGGCAAAGAGGCCGAAGCGGUUAAUGUGGUUGUCGGAAGACAGGGCAUUCAAAACCGCAUCAAGGCCUUGGAUUUCCAGGACUGCAAGGUCCGGAUCACAAACCUUGACUCGCAGGCCUCGAACGACAACAUCGUCAUCCAGGUCAUUGGCGAGAUUGCGAACAAGGGUGUUGAGCCCAAGAAGUUCGCACAGACGUUCGUCCUUGCACGGCAGCCGUCGGGCUAUUUCGUCCUGAACGAUAUUCUGAGGUACCUCAAUGAGGACCUUGAGGAGGAGAGUGCUGAGGACGCCGCCACCGCUGGGGAAACCCCGGCUGCGGCCGAGCCCGAAGCAAAGACCGAGGUCCCUGCUACUGAGGAGGUUACCCAGCAGGAUCCUGCCCCCUUGGACACUGCAGCCGUGACCGAGAAGCUCGAGGAGGCGGUUGUUGAGUCCCCCGCGGCUCCCGCGGCCCCUGCCGCCGAGCCUGCUGCCGAGGCACAAGCUUCCGCCCCGGCCAACGAGACACAGACCCAACCCGACGUUGAGAAGGCUGUCGAGCAGAUCGCCGAGGAGGACGUCAAGAAGCCGGAGGAACCCAAGGAUCCCAGCCCCACUCCCGCUGCUGCACCCGCUUCGGUUCCGGCCCCGACCCCGGCACCGGCGCAACCUGAGAAGCCCAGGGAGCCCCCCAAGCCGAUGUCCUGGGCCAGCCGCGUGGCCGCAGCUGCGGGAGCACAGCGUCCUGUCGCUCCCGCUCCCAAGGCCGCCACGCCUCCCGCUCCGGCUCCGGCUCAGCCACGUGCUCCGGUACCGGCCGCCCCUCAGCCAGCCGCAGCGCCCGCCGCGCGCGCCGCAACGCCCGAGAGCACCCCGGCGCCUGCCGCUCCAAAAGACCAGGGCAGUGAGUGGCAAACGGCCGAGACGAAGCGCCAGAGCCGCGCUCCGCACGCCGCUGCCGCUCCAACCGAGAAGGAGGGCACCAUGGCAUACAUCAAGUAUGUCACGGACAAAGUCAGAGACGAGGACUUGAAGGCCCACCUGACCAGCUUCGGGGAGCUUGCGUACUUCGACAUCAACCGCCAGAAGAACUGCGCGUUUGUCGAGUUCAAGACGCAGGCGGGAUACAGCGCCGCGGUUGCCGCGAAUCCCCACACCGUGAACGGCGAGAACAUCGUCGUGGAGCAGCGCCGGCCGAAAGCCAACGCGUACGGAGGCGCCAACUACAACGCGGCGCGGGGUGGUGCCGGCCGCGGCGGGCGCGGCGGAUACGAGUCGUCCCGGACCGGAAGCCAGGGUGGCCGCGGCGGGUUUGGCGGCCAGUCCCGGGGCCGCGGUGGCGGUCCCCGUGGACGGGGAACUCCCCAGGUUGGUGCUGCCUAGUUGGCGACCACUGCGUGAUGUUCCGAACUGCCAACCGCCGCCGUCGACGGGGACAAAUCCAGUCUGGUUUCUGCGGCUAUGAGUGGUUGCCGUUCGG